AUGUAUGCAGCCCCAUUAUGGGUCCACUACAAAAAGGAGAGCCUGCGCAAACUUCAGGUAGCAUACACUGACUGUCUGAGGAUACUGCUGAAAAAACCCAGGAGUAGCAGUGCUACUGUGUCAGCAGCUGCACAUCUCAAACACAGGCUGACUUGCUGGGACUCCUGCCUGUCAAACAUGAAGAUGCUCUGGCUGAGUCUUCUGACUCUUCUGACGCCCAGCCGGACCCAUGUCACAGCCUUGCCUCUCCGAACCCCAGACCUGCCCACGCAACCCCAAGCUGGACCAUCUGAAGCUGACCAGGAGUUUGCAGAGGAAUAUCUACGGACCUUCUAUGGCUACAAGCCCAAGUCAGAGAGACACAAGAGGACUGCAAACACAGAUGGAGAUGCUGAUCGGAUGACUGGACUCUGUGACAAGGUCCAGAAGAUGCAACGCUUCUUUGGUUUGCCUCCAAGUGGAGAGCUGACCAAUGAGACUCUGGUAGUUAUGAAGAAGCCUCGCUGUGGUCUGUCAGACGUGGAACCAUUUGGAGAGACAAUUCGUUGGAAGAAGAACACCCUCAGCUACAGGAUCGCUGGUAACAACCUCCCCAUCCCAACCUCAAAGGCUCACAAAGUGUUCAGGGCGGCGUGGAGGCUCUGGUCCAACGUUGCGCCAAUGACAUUUCGCAAGCGGCGCAGGAAAGAGGCUGAUAUUGUCAUCUCCUUCCACGAUGGCGAUCAUGAAGAUGGCUCGCCUUUUGACGGCACAGGAGGAAUCUUGGCUCACGCUUUUCUGCCUGGGUUUGGUAUUGGUGGAGAUGUGCACUUUGAUGCUGAUGAAGACUGGAGCAUUAAUUCUACUGGUUUCAACCUGUUUGCUGUAGCAGUCCAUGAAUUUGGUCAUGCACUAGGCCUGCCCCACUCAUCUGACCCCGGCGCCAUCAUGUACCCGUCGUACAACUUUGCCCCCAGUUAUGAACUUCAGCUCUCCUUCCGUGAUGUCAAAGAUGUCCAACACUUGUACGGAAUCAGUCCCAACUUUGCUUCACUAUUCUCAAAAACGCCUCCUCCAAGAACACCUGACAAAUGUGAUCCAGAUUUAUCCUUUGACGCUGUAACAGAAUUACAACAGGAGGUCCUGUUUUUCAAAGACAGAUUUAUGUGGCGAAAACAUCCUCAGUUUGAUGAAACAAAAAUCACCCUGAUUACCAGUCUGUGGCCAGAAAGCAUACCAUCCCGCUUAGAUGCUGUCUAUGAGAAUGUGGAGAGGAAUGUCAUUGUGUUUUUCAAAGGUCAUCAGUACUGGGCACUGAGGCACUUAAAACUUGAGGAGGGUUUUCCAAGAAACAUCUCAGACUUGGGCUUCCCCUCCAGAAUCAAAUCUGUAGAUGCUGCUCUGCACUUCAGAAGUGGCCGCUACACCGUGUUCUUCACUGGCCAUGAGUGCUGGAGCCUGGCAGCUGCAGUUUACUGCAGGCCAGUAUCUCAAGAUGAGGAUUUUGCAGAGAACUACCUGAAGAAAUUCUUCAACCUGACAGAAGAGACAGGUCCAAGUGUCAGACGAGGGAUCAGUCCGGUGACCAAGAAGCUGAAAGAGAUGCAGAAAUUCUUUGGUCUUCAGAUCAGCGGGACGCUGGAUGCUGACACCUUGGCCGCGAUGAAGAAGCCUCGCUGUGGUGUUCCAGACAACAACGUUGCACGUUUUUCCACGUUUGGAAGUAACUUCAAGUGGGAGAAAAACAGCCUUACCUACAGGAUCGAGAACUACUCACCUGACAUGUCUGUGUCAGAGAUAGAUGACUCCAUGGAGAAAGCUCUGCAAGUUUGGGCCAAAGUCACUCCUCUGAGAUUCACGAGAAUCUACAGUGGCACCGCUGACAUCAUGAUCUCUUUUGUCAGUGGAGCUCAUGGUGAUUAUUACCCCUUCGAUGGCCCUGGUGGGACUAUUGCCCAUGCCUUCGCCCCACGCCCUGGCAUCGGAGGAGAUGCUCAUUUUGAUGACGAUGAGACCUUCACUUUCCGCUCCGACACAGGCUAUGUCCUCUUCAUGGUGGCUGCCCAUGAGUUUGGCCACUCCCUGGGUUUGUUUCACUCCAAUGAUCCUGGUGCUCUCAUGUACCCUUGGUACUCAUACAGAGACCCUGACACCUUCGUUCUGCCCCGUGAUGAUGUCGAAGGCAUCCAGUCUCUCUAUGGUGGAAACACUGAUGAGAAGAAGAACUCUGAGGAGGAGAACUCUGGGGAGGACCCUGAGCCCCCCACCACCCCUGACGCCUGUGAUUCAAACAUGGUCUUGGAUGCUGUCGCCACCCUGCGAGGAGAGACGCUCUUCUUCAAAGACAGCUUCUUCUGGCGGAGCUUCCCUCAGAGCAAUACACCUGAGCAAGGUCUCAUUGCAGCCUUCUGGCCCGAUGCCCCCAACAACAUUGACGCUGCUUAUGAAAACCAAGACUUGGACAGAGUCUUUCUCUUUAAAGGUCGGAGAGUAUGGGCUUUCAACGCCUUGGAUCUUGUGCCCGGGUAUCCUAAAUCAAUUUCCAGUUUCGGUCUGCCCAAAAGUGUGAGGAAAGUCGAUGCGGCCCUUCAUGAUGUGGAAACUCGCAAGACUCUGUUCUUUGUUGGCGCCAAUUACUACAGUUAUGAUGAGGCCAAAAAGGCCAUGGACCAGGGAUUCCCCAAGCGAGUGCACGAAACCUUCUCCGGCCUGAGCAGCAAGGUGACUGCAGCUGUCCAAGUCAAAGGUUUUACUUACAUCUACAGUGGAUCCACCAUGUUUGAGUACAGCAUGGGGACUGGGACGUUGCCCCGUGUGCUGGGGAACAGCUACUUCCUGCACUGCACCAACUAUUAAACCAGUUUACUAAGUUGUUCAUGUGACGACACUGAAUUCCAAUGAAGGAACAGAGUUUAAGUUUUCAUUAUUUGUAAUCAUAACAUAUCUUAUAUUUAACUAUAUUUUUUUCACACUUACAGACUUUACCUUACGUUUGUUUGUUUUUUAAAUACCAUUUUUGUGAUGUCAGCCAUUUAUUUAAGUUAAUUUAUCUCUAAAUUAUAAAUUAAUUGUUGCCCACUUUCUUGUUGUGUAGUUUAACUGUUAUACUUUAGAGCAUAUGUUACAUAAAUUCCUUUUGAAAUAUUAACACUGACAAAUACACAUAUCUACACAGAUUUGUACAUCACUGUGAC